ACAAUUUGCUUAUUUAUUUUUGUUAUUCUAAGUGUAUUUAAGUUUGUUAGUUUAAAGAUUGCAAUUAAUUACGAGAAAUAAGACUUUCUGGUUCAUAGUACUAUCCUCGAAUGCAAGCAAAAGUAGCAGACGCCUGCAGACGCUCAUACUCCUUCAAAGGCAUAUGACGAGGUGGUUAACUAAAGUAUAGUGAACCAUAACUAAAGUAACUUAAAUAGCCUACCACUAGGUUCGGUUCUGCCUCUGCGUAUGGAAGCGCAAUUUGCCAUCAGUAACAAUGGCAAUAAAUGACAAGUUUCGCUUUUCAAUUCAUUUUUUUGCAACAUAUUAUAAUAACCGUACUCACAGAAAAAAAAAUAACAGAAAGAAAGAAAACAAAAAGCGCGUGAAUUAUACGAAAAUUGUUCGCACCUGCGAAAUCUGUUCGCCGAUUCGCAUGGCAUCCCUCGAACAAUUGUUAUUAUACAAUAAAUCGUAGUCCCAGAAUAUCGACCGGCGUUUCAUCACGACGGCAAAUCUGUGCAGAGGCAGAGAUGGCCUCUGUCCGCGUCUUCUACAUGACGAUAACAACAGGAUAACAGGCACAGCUGCACGGCGUCGUGUAUAUAUCAGGCGCACUGCAUGAACUACGUGCGGAGUGUUUUUAUCUUGCGCGCAUGGUACGAGAAAGCUGGGAGCUUGUCAGCAGGGCCAAGAGGCGCUACAGCUGCUGCCAACUCUAUGCUGUUGACUGUGGAUCUUUGGGCACGCUUCAUGCCUCCACGUUCUAUCUUUCUCUCCCUCCAUCCCUGAGCAUACGGCGGCUCCCCACUCCACUUGUGCUAAAAGCUAAAACACCACUAGAACGAGCACUCUCUCCCACUCUCCUCAAUCCCCGCCGUCUCUUUUUCCUGCCGCUUCUGCAAGUGGAGUGGCAAAAGGGGCGAGGAGUCCUCAAGGCUUCGAUCGCAUAACAACACAACCUUCUCCUUUUUCUCUUUGUGCGACAGAACAAUCUGCGCGGAGUUUCCAUCCGGGCGCGCGCGUUUUCCGAACUGGCAGAACGUGUUCGCUCUAUCUUCCGUCGGUGCGAACAACAUCGGCGCCGGCAUCGAAAGGAGGCGUGAGCUGCCGGAGCGUCCGCGACGGUGCGACAUCGUCGAUCCGAAACAUCAGUAUCGGCGCGGCAUCCGGAGCGCCAGCUUCUUCAUGAUACACACGCGCAACGGGCGACCAAACCACGACUUCGGAAGUGGCGACUGCAGCAGCAGCAACAGCACUAGCGACAUGAUACUGUGCCUCUUCAACUGGCUGCUCUUCUGCAUCGAGCUCGGACGGUUGUUCGUCCGACUCGCGCUGGCGUCGGCCGAGACGCUGUACCGCGCCCUCGUGCCGAAGUCGAGGAAGGACGUGUCAAGCAGUGUAGUCGUCGUAACGGGAGCCGCACGAGGUCUGGGACGCGAGAUCGCCCGCAGCUUCGCCAACCUCGGCGCCAAAGUAGUGCUGCUCGACAUCGAUCAGGCUCGCAACAAUGAGCUGGCCAAGACAAUCCGGGCAUCAGGCGGAAAGGGCUUCUCUUUUACAUGUGAUGUCACAGACGAGGACCAAGUGAAGAACAUAGCUCAAAAGAUAGGACGGCUCAUCGGAGAUGUGGACAUUCUGGUCAACAAUGCGGGCAUUGCCCAGGCCAUGCCCAUCCUCAACAUGAACCCAAGUCAAGUUCGACGCACCAUGGAGGUCAACACCCUGUCCCACUUCUGGAUGAUCCAGGAGUUUCUUCCCAAGAUGCUCGAGCGCAAACAGGGCCACAUCGUGGCAGUCUCGUCUCUUGCUGGGCUGGUGGGAGCAGCCAACUACACUGAAUACUGCGCAUCGAAAUUUGCGGUGAUGGGUUUGAUGCUGUCGCUGGAGCGGGAGCUGUCACAGACGGAGGCGGGGCGUACCAUCCGCUUGACGACCGUCUGCCCUGCCAUGCUGUCUCGUGGGUUCUCCAACAUGGGGCUGCCUUACCUGAGUGCAUGGUUCCCCAGGAUAUUUCCCCCAGUGGAUGCCAAGGUGGCAGCACGUGAGGUGGUGAGCCGGGUGCUCCGGGACGAGGAGCUGAUCGUGCUGCCAGCCAGCUUCAGCCUCAUCCUCAAGUUGUCUGUGGUGCUUCCCCACAGUGUAGGCAAGAUAGUGCAGGAGUACCUCGACUACAUGGUGAACCCCAUGACCGAAGGUGGCACAGUCCUCUGAGGAGCUUCGCCCCUUACCAUUCUGGUCGCCUUCAUGGCUCAGGCUAAGUCUUAAGGCAGCUUGACUGUGCAAGCUGCAAGCUCAUUCUGCACAUCAGCAAUCCCCAGGUCUUCCUUUUGUUGUGCCUUACUUCAGUCACACUGUGCACAGAUUUUGCACGUUGUCACUGUUGGUCACUUACAGUUCCGAUGUUUGGGGUUUUACAGGUGCGGUAAAUACAGCUGUACACGUGAUCAAAUGCAGACUCACCUAAUUGUUGGAGUCUCCUGCUGAUUUUUUUUUUCUUUUUUUUUUACAUAAGGCUGUCAGUAUUUGCAACUGCUGCAUUAAAAAAUAUGAAAAAUGUGGCACAUUUGGUCUCAUUAGAAACUGAAGUCAACAUUUUGACCUGUGUGUGCAUAUUCGUUCGGAAAUGUUUUAUGUUUAGAUGCCGGACAUUUCCUUUCUGUCCUGUAGAAACAGCUUUGCAGUGUUCAUUUUGUUGUUAGCAGUUUAUUGGCAUUCAAAAUUUCUUUAAUCCAAUCCAUCCCACACGUUGCUGCAUUUGUAUGAGCUAGGUUCGGGCCCAUACCGUAACUUGAUUAGGCUAUAGCAUGCUCUGGACAAUAUAGUUAGGCUGCCAUGGUCUGCAAGGCAUUUAAUGAAUACAAUAUGUCAAAUGUCAUAGAUGGCACUGAAUAUGAGAUGCUCUGGGCGGUUGAUACUGAUAAGAAGGCAUUCGCCAGCAGCAAUGGUCCUUGCAUACUGUAAACUUUAUUUUUUCUAGGUGAGCACAAAUCACUACUGCUUUCUCUCUCUCUUACCAUGAAAAUCUGGUAGCUGAACAAUCAAGGGCAAUGCGUUCAUAAUUUCCUGAAGUAUGAAGAUUGGGGCGUAUGUUGAGAUCGAGGACAUUGCACGACUCAUUUCUGGCCAUCUAAAGUCUUAAGCAUUACAAUCGAGAUCGCAUUACAAUCAAGUUAAAUACGAUAUCAAAGCUUCCGAAACUAAGGACCAACUUGCAGAGGGUAGUAUGAUUGCGACAGGCGUCACAGGUAUGGAGAGGGUUAUGUGGUGUUGUACCAAGUAAUUAGUAAACUCUGUUGUUCACGGGUUGCUUGUACUGUCAUUGUUUGUGUGUUUAAGUUUGUGCAAAUAUUUCAGUAUUAUAUGCGCAUCUUGUGUUACGUUACACAGAGAACCAUUUUCUCCUUGUCAGUCUUAGUGGUUCAUUGUAAUAGUUCUAGCCUACGCUAAAUGUGGUGCACAAAGCAUUGUUUGUGUUUUGUUUUGCAUUUUGUAGAAUGGAUUCUUGGCCACCACUUCAUUACUCCAUGCUUUCUUCUGUUUGUUGUGAUUAAUUAUAAUUGAUAAACCGAUCCAUCCGCCUUCUCUUCAAAAGUUAAACACAUGUUGGUAGGAGCUGCACAAAAUUGCCUUUCCUUUUUCAAUAUUCAUAUGAUAGGCUGGCUUAAAAAUAAAUCUGUGGCGCAGUGCAUUUUCGUGGAAAAAAAAGACAGGCACUAGCUCAGAGAUAAUGUUUAAAGUGCCAACAUAUUGUUGUUCAUGGUUCAUUGAGCACACUGCAAGCUUACGAGAAACAUGUUUCAUACAUACGAAACAUGUUGUGUUGUGAAACAUGUUCUGCUGUGUUGUCGUUCAUUGUUAGUCUGAAAGAAAGAGCGAAAUUGAAGUGAGGACAUUUCUUAUCCCCUCUAUCUCAUUUUUUUAUGCUAAUGCAGUUGCUACUGUCACUCGUUACAUACAGGUGCUUAAAUUGACAACUGUGCUUAAGUGCCAAAAAAUUUUUUGCUUAAGAGCAGGCUUGUGCAACACAUUGGAGAAAGUAUAAAGUGCAGUUGAAAUAUUUAUCUGACUAGUCUGCUCCUGACAGGCUGGCAUUACGCCUCUUGCUAUACUGAGAUUAGAUGACAGCUUGUAUCAUCGUGUUUCUUCGAAAACAUUCAGUAUUUUUUGUUUCUUUGUAUUGCUUACCACAACACCAUUCCCAAGCAGUGCUAUGAGUUUUCAAUGUGACGCUACUAUGUGGGGAAUUUAGAAUCCUUGUUUGCUAUAGACAAACUUACGCAAAGUAUGCGAAUGUCACCUCUAUAGCACCUUUUAGAAAUUUUGAAAACACUGCCAGAAUGUGCUGCUGAUAUAUGUAUACGCAAUGUGGUUAUGCUGUCCACACUCCCUGUAUUUAGCUUGUUUGCAAACUGUAGUAGUGUCAUUCAGAUGUGUUUCAGCACUGAAAGGAUGCAUGAAUUGAUACCACCACAUGUCAUCUCAAUGAGUUUGCAAUUUUCAAAAUGGUAAAAGCACAUGUGCUGAAGCUAAGACAGCCCAUAGUUAAGACGACCUAUGGGCCUUGUCCUGCGUGACAUAUACAUUGCUAAAUUGUUUAAUUCAUUCUGAGAAGUCUACUCUCCCCACACACAGUUAGGGGGUGGCACAAUUUGUCCCUGCUUGUGAAGUGUUUGUAAUGUGGCCCACAAUUACACAGCCUUGUGAUUGGCCAAUUUCCUGUACAGCUGCCGUAACCGACAGAGUGCUUCGGCAUCCCGAUCGCUUUAGGAUUCUCGGACUUGUUUUAUUGCUUUUCCAUCUCAGCGCAAUAUGCACUAUUCAGAAUUUUAGGCACUUCAAUGCAUAGUGACUGAAAUACAGCAUGCAGAAACAGGGAUGUACUGAAGAAAGACACGCGCAGAGCACUUUAUAGGUGUCUGUUCAUUCUGCACGCCAUUUUUGCCCCUAAUAAGCAGUCAAAUUGUGUGUUUGCUUCUUGCAUUUGGGUGCACAGUAUGUGAAACGUUAACCAUCAUUCAUGGUACCUAGGCUUGUACACUGACCUUUGCCUUGUGCUUCUCGCUAGGUGUGAGGCCUGUGCACUCAUAAAGUGAACCUUUCUUUGCUAGCCCUCCCGGACUUUCCUGACUGUGGCUGCUAGCUGAAUGCUGCUGCUGUCUUAUCGAAUAGUUUGCACGCAGUUACAGCGCUGCCGCCUUUACUACCCUUAUAGGUGUUCAGGCUGCUGGCCUUGUUUUCUGCGGCAUGGCUCAGUGAUAAAAGAAAUGAUACCUAAAUAGCUUCAUUGGAACAAGUAUAUGUAAUCAAGAGCACAAUUCCUUUAGCGAUGCAAACCUUUCUAUGCCUACUUUUCUAACCAUUAGGCCACAAUCGCACCUAUACUUCUGCUGUGCCAAUGCCAACUACCUCUUUGAGAUGAUCGUCGCGUGUUGAUGAUGAAGAUGUUUUUCAUACUUUGGCACAUACACGCAACAGGCAAUUUGCCCUGAAGAGGGGGCUACAUUUAAAAUAAAUACAAGGAAAUAAAGAUGAAAUGAAAUGAAAAUAUUGGUGGCAGUGGCAGGUGGCUGCUCCAAGUGAACCACUGUUUGUGCUAAAAUUUUACACAGACAUGGCAUAUUAUGGCGAUCUUUGUUGAGUGCCAUGCUCAGUCGCAGUAGUUGCCUGUUUGGUCCAGAAAAUGUAGGAACUACAUGUCUCGAGCAAUACAGGAUGCAGGACCAAAAAUAUGAAAAUAGUGCUAAUAUUGAGAGGAACAGUGGAGCCAUCUGCCACUGUUUCGAUGAAGCACAAUGCCGCUGUAGCAAUCACAGAUGGAACCACCGUUUCGUUGUUGAGAGAACCUCUGGUUUUCAGCCGGGACAGGCCGCAGACAACACAUGGUCAUUGUUUAUUCUUGAAAAAAUUGGCAACUAGUGUGUCUAAACACAGGAUCAAACAACAUGCACCGACAAAUGUCAACCCUAUGCUAAAUUUAUGUGCGGAUCAGCCAGCAGUUUCGUUGAAAGACAUUUUAUGCCUGGGUCCCUGAUUCAUGCAACAUGCGGUGUUAUCAGUGAGAUUGCACAGCAAGGUUGUCUUGUGAGCAUCUGUUAGAGCUACUAUAUUUGAGCAUGAAUUAGCUCCCUCGAAGUAACACACUGUGCAUAAAAUGCUCAGGUUGCAAAGUUCCUCCUCGAAGUUGUCGUCCUGCAGUAUUCAGGCAUAUGUACUUAAUUUUUCCUAUCUCAGUGUGCAGUGAGGCUUAAAGACUUUGUCUCAAGUUGAUGGAAGAAAAUUGGUGACAUUCCAUAAAUGGAUGAGCGUGCACCAGGAACGAAGUUCGUGUGAUGUAUUAUUUCUUGUCUAGUUUGAGUGGGCUUGACUGCACAGCACCUGAGUCGCUAUAAGCUUACCUGGUCAGAAAUUAGCGGCUAGUGCGUGGACACCCACGUUGCUGCUUUUAAUGCUGUGAUGCAGGGUGUUAGGACUGUGUAGCUCUUUCUGUAAACAAAUACAUGGGCACCAGAUCAGUUUCUAUGCAGAGAGAACAUGAAAACAGGGCAUUGAAGCUUGUCAAACUGGGUGAUAAUGUUUACAGUACAAAAUUGCAUACCAUGUUAUUAUAAAAUUUUUUGUUAUAUUUUUGUAGAGGGAAAAAAAUGUAAGCGUCAACAAUAAUCCCAGGGCUAGUAAGAGCUCCUUGUUUCUAGUUUUGUUUCUUUAUUGCUUACCCCUACAUUUUAUAUUUUUGUUAUAUCAUUGUUAUUUAGCAUUGCUGGUGCAGCUUCACUGGAAGGUGUGGCUUUUCUUUCUAUCUCUCCCUCUUUAAAGUUUUGAUCAAGUCGAAGAAAUUGUCUGUCAGUUAAUUGUCCAACUUGUCUUGUUUUUUUCUGCAGGGAUAAAUUUUUGUCCCUUUGCUUUCAACUCUCUGCAGAGAUUUGUAGGCAUUUUGUGUGUGUACAAAUGUGUUCAUGCGUAGUACUUCAACUAGGGCCAGAGGCACGUAGUGACCUGUUGUUAAAAUGCCUUAUAUAAUGGUACUCAGGUGGAACAAUUAGUACUCACUUUCAUAGCUUAAGACCUUUAAUGUGUACAGAAUACAGGUGGACACUCUUGAUGUUCUCCGUAACAGUUCUUAUUCUUAUAUAAGGAUAAACACGCAGCUGUCACCUGAUGGUGCUCAGACAGUGUCUGCAUUGGUUUGUGGAAGCAGUGUUUGCUGGUGUCAGACAUAUUAUGCAUACAUGUUAUGGUAAAAGUGCCACUCUUCUAUGCAUCUUAAGUGUGCUACAAGUGAUGUACAUGGUUUUGUCAUGUGUGUGUGAUACAAAGCCAACAAACUGUGUUCAAUUAGGUUUCAUUUCCCCCCAGAAAUGCCCCCCCCCCCUUUAUUUAACAUGAUAUUGCCAACAGCAUAUGCCACGAAAGCAGGAGAAUGUGCUAGAGGAAAUAUUGUAGUUAUGAAAGGCUUUUACUCUAAAUAAUAAUCUCGACAACACAUGAAAGAUGGUGGCGCUGCGAGUGUCAUUUACCAGUGUACUUAAAGAGCGCCUUACCAGGUCUGGCCAUCUUGGGUUGACAUGUGUAGUGCAUACAACGUGCGCUGACGGUCAUGUAUGCAAAGUAUUACAUUGCUACAUGCCGCAGAAAGAGCUGAAAUGUCAAACCAAACGCCUUUUGCCUUUCUCCUCACGGGCGCCGCACUCCCUGCCAGAGAGGUUACGUGUAUACGCAGGUGUGCCUAUGUACAGGUAUAUGCUGUGAUGUCACUCAUAGUUACACGUGACUUCAAGAGUUAUUCAAGGCAACAUAUGGUAUAUGUGUAAUGUGUUGCUUCAAUAGACAAAUUAAAGUUUAGAGAAAUAAUAAAGCACACAAACCUAAUGUCUGCUUGUUCCCAUGUCGUACACUCGCAUGCGCAGACAACGAAACUAUUUCAUUUUUUACUGUGUUCCAACGUGCGAUCAUGCUCUGUGAUCCGCUUGCAUCUGCCUUAGUGUUCGUGUAGCACUGAUUUAUACUGCACGCAAUAUUGUGCACUGCGCAAAACGAGACAAACGCAACAGCUCGCGCGCUAUACCGUCAGCUAAUGUGCGCUGCACAGCAAGAAAGGGAGGGGAAAGAAAGACGGGGCCUGUGACGUAUGCGUCACACGAUCCUCGAGCACUAGUAAGGGAGAACGCAGGGAAGGAAUUUCACUUGCAGAGGCUAGACGGGGCAAGUGGAGAGAGCGUUAUGUUGGCGGUGAUGCUUGCCUCCCGAAAUCAUGGGUUCGCGGCACUGAAAUAUUUCUAUCUUGGCUAUUAAUGAAUCAGUUUGAAAAAUUCUUGUGGCAAAACGCUCCCUAAGGGCACGUAGCAGCUUUCAGUGUAUAACCGAAAUGCUCUAUGUGGCCUGGUGAGGGGCCCUUUAAACCAUUAAAACAACCGUACACAUGUAUGCAACAUGUAAAUAGUGCAUCUUUACUGUUACUCCUGAAUAAUUUGGGGCUGCACUAGAUUUUUCUUUUCUUGGAGGUGAACUUCCAAUAUAGCCAGAAUGAAUGUCUUUCUUUUGGUGCUUCCUUACGGUAUCGCAUGCUUUGUUCAGAGCAUUGUGCAGAGGCUACAGAGGAGUCAUCUUUUGUAGCAUGUGUUGUAAGAGAUUAGAUCCAGUGCUGCGCAUGUACUGUAGAUGAGUUCUUUUUCACAGUUUAAUUUCUUUGCAUUUACAGUUACGAAAAAUUCAAAUAAUGUGUGUACGGUAAAUUCUGUGAGACAGUGCAGCACUAUAGAAACAGGCACCAGAAAUGUUCCAGCAUGAACUAUUUUUGACAAAACUACAGUCAAUUAUGAGAAUCUCAAAAAAAUUUUGUCACCACAAAAAUUAAGUUCUUUGCAGUAUAAUGUCAGUAGAAACAUGCAUUUACUGUGGCUAAGGUUGUCAUUUAAGCUGGCUGCGAUGCGUUAAUUCUUUUUUUUUUUUAGGGGCUGGGUCAUUGAGAAUUGAAGUGCCAAUAAAACUGAAAAAGAAAUGUAGUUAAAAAGAUUUUAAAAAGGAAUUUGAGUUUUCGGAAAGAAUACCCCUGCUUUCUUCUUUUUUUCAUGAAAUCUUGAGGCAAGACCGCAUGCCUGCAUGUGGUUAGGCACAUUUUUUCAUUAAGAUUUGUCCUAUACAAAAAUGUUCUUUUUGUUUGUUUGUAUGUUGGUAUCUUUACAAAAAAAAGAAAAGACUAAUAAUUUACCCAAUAAGGGCAACCUUUUUCCAUUUCGAAACGUUGUAGCUGUAUUUGUGAAUGACUAUGGCAAAAUAAUCACUGUAAUGGAGAAUAUGGUGCCAUGCUCCAGUCUUCUUUUUUUUUUUAACUUUUCACAUUUUCACUGCAACCUUGAGGCAUCACUUGUCAUUUGAUCUCAUUGUGUUUUGUGUUUUCGUACGACAUGGCCUUGUGCUUGCGACUGCCUCUGGAAACAGCAACUGCUUCACAGACAACAAACUUCACACUGUUGUCACCUGUCUUCCAAACUGUGAAUAGAUAUUGCGAACUUAGGUACUUAAUUUUGCCUUUCUUGAGCAUACUAAAUGUAGUACAUUGCGCAUACUGAAUGAAUGUAUGUUGAUAAUAAAGUUGUUCCUGGUUGUA